AUGUACUUCUUCCUCCUCAACCUCGCCCUCCUUGACCUGGGAUACAUCUCCACCACUCUGCCCAAAGCCAUGACCAAUUCCCUCUGGGACAACAGGGCCAUCUCUUAUCAAGGAUGUGCUGUCCAAGUCCUCUUUUUAAUUUUCUUGCUUGGAGCAGAAUAUUCCCUCCUCACUGUCAUGGCCUACGACCGCUACAUUACCAUUUGUGAGCCCUUGCACUACGGGAGCCUCCCGGGCAGCAGAGCUUGUGCCCAGAUGGCAGCAGCUGCCUGGGACAGUGGCUUUCUCAAUGCUGUCCUGCACACGGCCAAUAUAUUUUCCCUGCCCCUCUGCCAAGGCAAUGCUGUGGACCAGUUCUUCUGUGAAAUCCCCCAGAUCCUCAAACUCUCCUGCUCAGCUGUCCACAUCAGGGAAGGUCAGCUUCUCAUGUUUACUGCCUGUUUAACCACUGGAUGUUUUGUUUUCAUUGUGGUAUCCUAUGUGCAGAUCUUCAGAGUGGUGUUGAGGAUCCCCUCUGAGCAGGGCCAGCACAAAGCCUUUUCAAUGUACCUCCCCCACCUAGAUGUGGUGUCCCUGCUUGUCAGCACCAUCAUGUUUGCCCGCCUGAAACCCUCCUCAAUCUCUUUCCCAUCUCUUGACCUGGUGAUUUCAUUUCUGUACUCAGUGGUACCUCCAGCAGUGAGCAGCUGA